AUUGGGGGUUUCUGGCAAGGUCGGGGAUCCUUUCAGAAGCUCCUCAAAAAUACUCUCUCCAUUCCAGAACCUUCUCCCAUCCAUGUUAUAUAAACACCUGCACCCCACACUUUCUCUCUCAUCAGAGGUCGGAAAAGGUGAAUUUCACUCACGAUGUUUAGAGAGAGAAACGAUUCAUUGUCAACAUUCCCAAAAUCUUAGAGAGAGAAUGGACCUUGUAAUGGAGCAACCUCUUUUCUCAACCAUCCACCACCUGUUGAACCAACCAGAUGAUAUGGAGAAGCUCCUGAACGCACCCACUCGAACCUAUGUUCGAGACACCAAAGCCAUGGCCUCGACACCGGCCGAUAUCAAAGAGUACCCCAAUUCGUAUGUCUUCAUAAUCGACAUGCCCGGCCUCAAAUCCGGCAAUAUCGAGGUUCAGGUCGAAGACGACAGGGUUCUCAGCAUCAGUGGGGAGAGAAAGAGGGAAGAGAAAGAAGAUCCAGAGGCCAAACAUGUGAGAAUGGAGAGAAGGGUUGGGAAAUUCAUGAGGAAGUUCAAUUUGCCUGAGAAUGCUAAUGUGGAGGCCAUUUCAGCUGCUUGCCAAGAUGGGGUUCUUACUGUGACUGUUCAGAAGGUGCCUCCUCCUGAGCCCAAGAAGCGCAAGACCAUUGAGGUCAAGGUUGCUUGACUUUAGAGAGAGAGUGGGUGGGUUGCUUGAGUUUAGAGAGAGAGUGGUCUUUUAAGUGCUUUGGUUUCUGUUCUCUUAAAGUUCUUACUCUGUGCUUUCAUGGUGGGCCUGAGAAUGUAUCUGUCAAAUUGAUCGUGUUUUUUGUUUUUCGGCUGGGUGCUUUUGAUUUCAGCUUGGACGGUACAUAAAGGUUGAUCUAAGUUUUUUGGGAAAGCUUUCUACGUUCCCAUUCCAUCGGCCCCGUACGAUCAAGCCGUAUUUUUUUUUUACGAAGAAAGCUACCUACCGUUUGAUUUAUUAUCCGAUUUAUUAUCCGACGUU